UUCCCGGCACCCCUCGCGCCGCCGGAGCCAAGAUGGAGGAGUACGCGCGGGAGCCGUGCCCCUGGCGAAUUGUGGAUGACUGCGGUGGGGCCUUUACGAUGGGCACCAUAGGUGGUGGUAUCUUUCAAGCAGUCAAAGGCUUUCGCAAUUCUCCAGUGGGAGUAAACCACAGACUACGCGGGAGUUUGACAGCUAUUAAAACCAGGGCUCCGCAGUUGGGAGGUAGCUUUGCUGUUUGGGGAGGUCUGUUUUCCAUGAUCGACUGCAGUAUGGUUCAAGUCAGAGGGAAAGAAGACCCUUGGAACUCCAUCACAAGUGGUGCCUUGACAGGAGCCAUCCUGGCAGCAAGAAAUGGACCAGUGGCCAUGGUCGGGUCAGCCGCGAUGGGUGGCAUUCUCCUAGCUUUAAUUGAAGGAGCUGGUAUCUUGUUGACAAGAUUUGCCUCUGCACAAUUUCCCAAUGGUCCUCAGUUUACUGAAGACCCCUCCCAGUUGCCUUCAGCCCAGUUACCGUCCUCACCUUUUGGAGACUAUCGACAAUAUCAAUAGGACUUUCUCCCAGGAUUUCUUUAACAGAAUGAACUGUAGUUCAAGAGGGGAUUUCGGAAGAUCAAGUUACAGUCUGUUUUUAAAACCAUGGGUGGGACAGCUAUGGCCAAAUAGGCUAUGAAGAGACAUUUAGCGCAUUUUUCUAUUUAAAGGAACAUGGAAGGGGGAGUGUUAAGAGAUAAUACAUUUAUUUAUUCACAUUUGGAUUACAUUUGUGAGCAAAGUAAAUGUCUCAUAUCUUUAAAAGGAAAUAUAAUAAGUGCUUAGAAGAUGAAGGACCACAGGGCAGACAACAGGGAGACAUGCCCGCCAUUCCUUGGGGACUUCUCUGCCUGGAUUUGUGCGUUCUGUUAGUCAGACAAUAAAAACUCCUGGAACUUGCUUUUUCUUUUAA